AUGACCCGACCCCUAUCUCGGUCGCGCAUGUCACCAAAGAGCCCGCUGAAGCGGGUUUUUGGUCCGUCGCCCGAUUCGGGCAACCCUAUUCCACCCUCCACUGCCUUGGCCGAAUCGCGGGGCCAAGAGAACACCACCUUUACGAAUUGCCCGGUCGCGUUGAGCCCAGCCACGCGUGGGAAUCUCGACCGGUCCUCGCGCCACUCGUUGCAUCUCGACGUCUCGGGUUCGACGAAGAACGGCGUCUCAAAAUUCAUGGAGGUCAACAACGAGCCAUUUCCCUCCAUUUCCGUCAGCCCGCUCAAGCGGAGCGACGCGGACAUGAGCCUCGGACAGACGAGCUUUGGGAGCCCAGUCGCAAAGCGACGGAGUCUCCAUGGAAUCUCGACUUCGGGAACUGAACCCUCGGUUUUCGACCAGACCCCUGCGCCGCCGCCGCAGAAUUUCGACAUCCAUGAAGACGGCGAUCAUGAAUACGAACUCACCGGCACUUACCAGUCGCCGUUCCGCGACUUGGUGGCGUCGCCUGCCAUGCCAAAGCGCACGUCUUCUCUUCGUAGGAGCACCCUUCAACAGCGCCAAGGCAACACACAACCUUCCUGGGGUCGACGUGCGGGCGAGAAGCAGUUGGCACAACUCGCGACUGAUCCUGGUACGCCGGCCGCUCGCAGCAGGCCUAGGCUCUCGCUGGAUCAUUACGUCCCGCCCGAGGAGCGAUCAAAUCCUUUUUCCCAAGCGACCAUGUCGCCGCACCCGGCCCAACGAGCAGCGAACCACCCUCACCCGCUGUCCCGGCUCGUGCCACAAUCUUCAUCUGGCUCGAGCCACGCCGAUGAAGAGUUUCCGACCCAGCGGCCGCUAUUGCCGCAAGUUUUAUCGAAGUCGCUACCCCCAGGAUCCCUCCCGCCGGUGAAUGAUUCGGAAGAGGCCUCAACCCCGCAUUACAAGGGGGCUAGGCCGUUGCAGUCGGCCUUUAUGUCAACUGGCCUCGUUUCCAAGAUGAAUCGCAAUCCGGACGGUGGUCCACUUGAGCAUCCCAGAGCAAAGGCCACUGCGAUGCCGGACACGCCUUGUAAGAAGCAGCCCUAUUAUUCGGCCACAUUCCCACCGCAAGGUGGCAGUGGCGGACGUCGAUCUCGGAUCUCUUUCGGGAGUCCUUCGACGCCUUUCAGUGCGGUCGCCGCACCCAUUCGCGGGAACUUGUUUGGAACUCCGGAUAAGUCAAACAGCCUCCUUUUCCAGCAAGUUCGUUCCGGCCAUACGAGGAAGGGGAGCAUGCUUAGUGUGGACGACGAUGAACUCCCUGAGGCACACGAUGAGCUCCCGCCUACACCGACGAAGAACUUGUUCUUCAAGUCACACACGGCACCGAAUGAGGGCGGUCAGUCGCCGGGGGACAGACGUUCGUUCGCCGCCCGCGCUCCCCAGUUUUGCCUUGGUAGAGACCCGAGAGAUACGAACGCGAACUCGAGGCCGGACCCCAUCACUUUGGGCAUGGAUGACCUACCGAACAACGACUCUCCUUCUCUGGAACGCCCACCCCGGCCUUCUACUCCUUUCUCCGGCGGUGGCUCACCUUGCCUCGGCUUUUCGUUCGCUUCCGUGACCGGAAGCCGCUCGCAUCCCGUCUCGUUUGCCACGCCCGCACCGGCGAGAACUUCGCCGGCUCUUUUGGCGACGUUCAACAGCGCGACCGGGCAGUAUGCCAAGGUUGAUGGUCCCACGACAGCGAGCGGUUCGAACAUGGAAACUAUGUCGCCCCAUACUCCCCGCGACGCUCCAGGGCACUCGAUGACACCGCCCGACCCGACCAGUCUGUCGAUUUCGCACUUGCAGGACGGCAACGCCGGGAUUUCCCGGACCCCGGCCACCCCCAGCAACUCGCAGACACGGCAACUGUUCUCAAGCUUUGCCAGUCGCCGAUUGAGCAUCACUCCUCGGAAUAGUCUUGGUCCCGGCGACGUUGACGAGUCCUUGCUCUCCCGUUUUGACAAGUCGGAAGUUGUUGGCAAGGGCGAGUUCUCGCAGGUAUAUCGCGUUGUCAAGUCGUCCGCUCCCGGCUCCUUCAUGAUGCCGUUGUCGACCACGCCUCGAACACCCUCAAGCCCAAGCUCCGAUAGGGUCUACGCGGUAAAGAAGCUCCUGCCGUUUCAAGGUGUGCACGACCGCAACACGAAACUUCGCGAGGUGGCUGUUUUGCAGUCAUUGUGCCACUGCAGUAAAGUUGUGCAGUUUAUUGACAGCUGGGAACACAACAAACACCUCUACAUCCAGACCGAGUUUUGCAGCGAGGGCAGCCUGGAUGGCUUCCUCAAGUCUGUUGGACAGGCCGGCCGAUUGGAUGAUUUCAGAAUCUGGAAGAUUCUUUUGGAGACGGCUCAGGGUUUAUCUGCGAUUCAUUCCGCUGGCUUUAUCCACCUUGAUAUCAAGCCGGCCAACAUCUUUAUCAAUUUCGAUGGUUAUCUCAAGAUCGGCGACUUUGGCUUGGCGACGAGCUGGCCCGCCCCCAAGGGCAUUGAUGGAGAAGGCGAUCGCGAGUAUAUCGCCGCCGAGAUUCUUCGCGGAGAGUUUGACAAACCUGCCGACAUCUUCGCCCUCGGCCUCAUCAUCUUGGAGAUUGCCUGCAACGUCUUUCUUCCCGAUAACGGCCCGACCUGGCAGGCUCUUCGGGCAGGCGACUUGAGCGCUGUCCCUCCGCUCACAUGCGGCGAGGCCGGCGCCAUUACCCGCGAUGCGAAUGGCCUGCCUCUUGCCCAUGAUUCCGGCAUUUCUCAAGUGUCCGACGAACCUGAGGUUGGGCUUGGCAUCAGUCCUCGCCGCGGUUCCUUGCCCUAUGGGGCCAUGACACACAACGCGAGUAAUCUGUUCGGCGCCCAGAAACGGACGGAGCCUCAACGCCCACCCAGCUUUAUGCUGGACCCGAACGACCCGCAUUCCCUUGACAACCUCGUCAAAUGGAUGCUCAAACCUAAUGCGGCGGAUCGUCCCACUGCUGAGCAAGUCUUGGAGUCGGAACCUGUAUCCUGGAUCUCCAGCCACCGGACUGCUGGCGCGACCGUGUUCGAGGGCAACUGGGGUCCCCGCAUCGGUCCCUCUGUGGAAGAGCUUGUGGAUACCGAGAUGAUGGAUGUUUAA